AUGGCCAUAAGUCGCCGUGACAUUAUCAUCGCCAGCUUGGGCGGCUUUAUCGCGUGGGGCUUGGCCGUGAAAUGGCUUCCUGUGCUCCGUUACAUCGGAUACGCCUUCGUUGCCGGUCUUGCCCUUGCCGCCAUUUGCCUAGGUGCUGUCAUCCUGUUAACCGUCCGAAGCGGAAAUGAUUCGAGAUCAGGCAAUGUUAGUUUGGCGGGCACCCCCGUUGCCUUUUUGUCUCCCGACAAAUGGGAGCGAGAUGUUAGCAGCUACCUGAAGACCGCGGAUUAUCACCCCGUCCCUCUAUACCCGCAGUCGUUCCUUGUGUCGGAAGCACUAGAUGACCUCCUCAAGCUUGCCUCGAGGGAUUUUAUAUCUUCAUGGUACCAGAACAUAAGCGCCAAUCCAAGAUUCGCCAAUGAAGUCGAUCGUGGGAUCAGAACUGCUCUAUCGAAUCUAAGGGACAGGCUGCUCCGGGAGGAUUUGGUAGAAAUCUUGGUGUCGCGGAUUGUGCCAAUAGUGACGAACCAUUUUAAGGAUUUUGAUAAGGCUGAGAAAACCGUUCGAGGUAGAAACCUCUCGCGUGCUGUGACUGAAUCGGAAGAGCUGGACCUUGCAAUCGCGAGCAGGUAUAGAGAUGGAAAUUUGCACCCUGCAGUAUCUAUUUCUUCAUUCACAGACCCCAAACAGGUUCAGCAAGGGCACAUCCGCAAGCUCGUUGUCACCAUCCUCCCACAACUGCUGCCAGAAGGCUUAAUGAACAGUCGAGCUGUGGCCGUUUUGAUACGCGAGAUUGUCACUUGUUCUGUUCUUCACCCGUUACUCUCGCUGCUCUCUGACCCUGACACUUGGAACCAGCUGAUGGAAGCUUAUGCACGCACGGCGCUCCAAGAUCGCAAGACAGUACGGAAACUACGCGCCGCGCUGGAUCAACAUGCUUCCCCUGUUCCGAAAUCAAAACAACAUAGCCAUCUAUUUCCCAGGCUAAGGCCGGGCGAUAGUGAGAGAGAGUUUGAGCGGUUCGUGCGAGCCAUUCGAAGAUGCAACAUCCUGUCAGAAGCAAGAAGAUUCCGAAGCCAUGUCUCCAGCCAGCUCCAGCGGGAAAGCACGGUUGAGGACCAAGACCAGGUGUAUCUUCGCCGUCUGGAAACGGGGAAACGUGUUUUGGACCAGAAAGUUUCCAAGCUUUCAGCCCUCACCGGCAGCGUGAAGUCCCCCGUAAAUCCAGCGGACCUUCGCUACAGUUACAUCUCAAAACCACAUGAGGUAUCUCUGGUGGAUGUUAUGCACAAUGCAGCAGGCCUUUCUUACUUCAUGGAGUUCAUGGACCGCAUGAACCUCAUGUCCCUGGUCCAAUUUUGGGUCGUUGUCGACGGGUUCCGAAAUCCUCUUGAAGACGACUUUGGAGAUGACACUCCUUCUAACGCUGUGACAUGGACAACCGCGGAUAGAAACGAUGUGGUCCUGAUUAGCGAGCAACAUCUGUCAAAGCCCGAAUUGCGAGUGCCCGCUGAAUCCAGACAGGCAGUGAAGGAGUUCGUCGACGCCGGGAGGAGAGCUACCCCGGAACAAUACCGCAAAGCACGAACAGUUAUUCUCACAACACAAACUUCUGUUUUGCUUGAGAUGCAAAAUAAAUAUUAUCCGGCCUUUAAAAAGUCGGAUCUCUAUUACAAAUUCUUGGUUUCUGAUGAAGCUGCCGCAGUAUCCUCCUCCGCAUCUCCCUCCCAACCAGAGCGGCCACACUUGAACCGGUCUCCGGGCUCUGAGAGCCAUGAUAGACGCCCACUGCCCGAUCUAAUGGGCCGCACAAGCUCCCAGUCAAACAUAAAAUCGCGGGAUCUUCUGCGAGCAGCCCUUUCUACAUCUGAUCUAUCGAGCCAAUCUAGGCGUCUAAGCGAUUGUAACAUACCCCGGCGAUCGUUAGACUCAGAUCGAGCUCCACUAUUUGAUGAUGACUCGGAAAUUGACCCGCAAUCAACGUCUAUUCAGAGAAUCGGAAAGGACUCUCAAAAUGGAGAUGGUGGGGAUUGGUAUGCUAGUGGUGUAAUAGCAUCCAUGGAAGCUGCUUUGAAUGACAUUAUCACCAAUCAACCCAAUGAAACGAGACUAGAAGAACCAAAAAGCUCAAUUGGCUCACCCACGUCAGUAUUACAUUCGAGCAGGGAGCAAGAUUCAUCGAGGAGUUCAUUGGAGUUUUCGCAUCUUGAUAACCCUCCAGCUGAGAAGGGAAAACCGAGCAUUGCUUCGCUCGGGCUUGUUAAUACGUCGUCUAGAAUUGGCGUAUUUGCGGAUAACGAUCUUUUUUCCGAUGAGGAGAAGUUUAUUGAAGAUGAGUACGCUGACCCCGAGAUCGAGGGUGACGAAAAGGAUCCGGCUGAGGAGAUUCAUGAAGCAGCCCCCGGUGAUCUUGGCUUGGCGGAAGCCAUAUUGGCUUUGACAGCUGAUAUUGAAAAGCUCAUUGCGCAGGAGGAGGUGGUAGACACACUGACUCGGAAAGCGGAAUUAACUAAUAAUACGGCGGAGUUGCGCAUCUUGGGGAAAUCCAGGUCUAGUAUUCAGCGUGAACUUCGGCGGAAGGAGAUGCAAAGGCAGCAAUAUAUCGUUCAAGAAAGUGAUAACAGCUUGUACGGUCGCUCCACCGUCCAAAUUAAAUCCAUCAUGGUUGGGAAGGAGGAGGAUGGACGGGAAUACGCACUGUAUCUCAUCGAGGUACAGAGGAAUUCGGGAGACCAAAUGCCUGCUGCUUCCUGGGCAAUCCCUCGCCGCUAUAGCGAAUUUCACGAACUCCACCAACGACUUCGAGUGAGAUAUCCAUCUGUCCGCAACCUAGAAUUCCCCCGUCGACGAAUGGUGAUGAAACUCCAAAAGGAUUUCCUUCACAAACGUCGCCUCGCCCUGGAAGGCUACCUCCAAAACCUCUUACUCCUCCCCGAAGUAUGCCGGAGCCGUGAUUUGCGCGCUUUCCUCUCGCAACGGGCCAUUAUCGCCUCCAACGAUUCCCCUAACCACCAACACCAACACGAAGAAAAUAAAGACCUUGUUACCCGUAUUUACAACUCUGUCACGGAUGGCAUGGACGACUUCCUCGGUAAUAUUCCUGUCCUCGACCAACUCUCUACAGCAGGCCAAAACCUGAUCUCCGCCGCUACCAACCAGCUCGCCGCUCCCCCACAACAACAACAAUCAGACAUUCUAACAACACCCGACGAAUCCAUAAUUGCCGCUGAAGCAGAAGCGGAACUCAACGCCUUCGAAGACCGCGAACUGGAACCCUUCGUAAAACCCAUCUGCGACAUCUUCCUCGAAAUCUUCGAACUGAACAAGGGCAACAACUGGCUGCGCGGGCGCGCUGUCGUCGUCGUCCUCCACCAACUACUCGGCGGCACCGUCGAACGCAAAGUGCGCGAGGUCGCCAAGUCGCUCGUCCAGGACACCGCGUUGCUGCGCUAUAUCAAUCUGGUUAAGCAUACGCUGUGGCCGGAUGGGAAGUUGCGAGAAGACAGGCCGCGCAGUUUAUCGGAGAAGAUGAAGAGUCGGACGGAGGCGAGUGUUAUGCUUGCGACACUUGUCCCUGACAUGGCGGCGAGUGUGGUGGGAAGGGCGAAUGCGCAGGCUGCGGCGAGAAGGGUAUUUGCUACGUCGAAUAAUGAGAGGUUGAAUGCGCAUCUGGUUUUCAAUGUCUUGGAUGAGAUCGUGCUUGUGUUGUUUGGUGACGGUGCUGGUGGAGGUGGGGGUCUACGUAGUUGA